AUGAUAAACCACUAAGAACUAUCUUCAUCUGAAGAAUAGAAUCAAAUUAAAUCCACUCAUUUGCAAUAGCAAUCCUCAGAAGUGGGCAAACCCUAGACUCAGGAAAGAACUGAGCCUAAAGAGAGCCAACCUGAUAUGUCUUCCCAGUCUGAGGAUAAUUCCCAUUCUCUAGAUACCAAUUAACCUCCAUAGAUUAGCACUUCUUCUCUCCAUACAAUUAAGCUAUCCGAUGCAAAAUUAUUAUAUAAACCAGUGACAAUUAAAAAGGAACCCGAGAACGUGUUCAAUAAAAUAGCAUCGACUACAAUUGAUUCUUUGCCAAUGGAACUUUUUCAUAUCGGGACUUACAGUCACCAGGGUAGUUUCAUAAAUGGAGAUCAAUGUGAAAGGGUGGUGGAAGUCAAGACGGUUGGCAAAAAUAUCAUCUUUCCAAAUGAUUCGUAUGAAUUAGCUAUAUUGGAGUGGAAACCAAGGUAUUAUUUGUGAAUUCUCAUUGUAGAGCCAAUGGUGUUAAGCCAAAAAACUCAGGGGAGUUAUUAAAAUAUGUUCAGGAAUUAUAUCCGGACUUACUUAAAAAAUAUUACGAUGGAAUCAGGAAGGAAUGA